GGAGCUUUGAAUUUGAAAUUCGAACUUCGCGAAUACUUCGCCCUAUCAUACAAAGGAAAGGCAUUGCGAAGUCACAACAAGCUUCACUUGCUUACCGCGCAUCUUGCCACAACAUGGUUACAAGCAUGAUACCAUGAAAACACCAUCACGGUCAUCACCACCAUGGAACACCCAAGUGCCGCAGCUUCGACGCUGACAAGGCACCGGAUCGGCGUCGCCCUCUUCUCCUGUGCUGCCGCCGCCUCCCUGGGCUACUUCUGCUACCGCAUCUACAACCCGUCUCUCCCCGAACCUGAUCCUUCUCGUCGAGUGCGCCGAAGCAAUGCUGUCCGCCACCGCAGACGCUCUGCCCCCGAUCUCGAUCGCGACCGCCGCCGCUCCGAUGUUUCUCAAGACUCCGCUACCGCUCGUGCCCUAGAAGGCAACCCAGACACUUCCAACGCCAACGCCAAUGCCGAACCCGCCGAUGCUCAGACUGUCGCCGACGACCAGGCGCUACAGGUCGCUGAUGACGACUGGUGGAACGACAACGGCCCUGGGGACGGGUACGCCAAUCACCGCGCCGGCCAGAAUAUCGUCAACCUUCUGUUUCGAGUUUCCGAGGACAAUGCCAGGCGCAGCUCCUACGUUCACCGUGGCUGUCAGUGCAACGCUUGUGGAAUAGUGCCCAUUCGUGGCAUUCGAUACCGCUGCGCCAACUGUGCCGACUUCGACCUCUGCGAGACUUGCGAAUCCCAAGACCUUCACAUCAAGACACACGUUUUCUACAAGAUCAAGGUUCCGGCCCCUAGGUUGGGUCCCCGCCAGCUCCAGCCCGUAUGGUAUCCAGGAAAUCCCGACAACUGCGUGCGAGUUCUAAACAGGGCGGCCAUCGCGAAACUGUCUCGAUCGACUGGCUUGGAGCGUCCCGAACUAGAAGCCUUGUGGGAACAAUGGACAUUCUUGGCAAAUACCGAGUGGAAGGAGGACCCGGACGGCCUCAACCUGGCCAUGGAUCGCAAGACCUUUGAGCGCACUCUCGUUCCAUCUGGCUCGAACCGACACAAUGCCCCGAAUCUACUGUACGACCGCAUGUUCGCCUUCUACGACACCAACAACGAUGAUCUGAUCGGCUUCUCCGAGUUCCUGCACGCCACCACCUACCGCAAAAGCAAGCACAGGCUUCUCAGCAUCUUCAAUGGCUACGAUAUCGACGGAGAUGGCUAUGUGGACCGCCGUGACUUUCUACGCUUGUUCCGCGCCUAUUACGUGCUUUUUAAAGAGAUGCACAAGGACAUGCUGGAAGGCCUCGACGAUCAGGUCAUGAGCUCUAACGAAGUCAAGCAGCUGAUUUCUAGUAGACAUCCUGUGAGCAGCUUCUUUGGUCGGGAAGGUGCUAUCCCUCGAUCGGAUAGUGAUCGGCCCCUGUAUGGAAAGGUUUUUACCAGCAACGGUGACGUGCGAAUCAUGGACGGACGCACCAGCGCUGUCAACGAGGACAAACCCGACACAGCUGAUCGUGAGGCCGUGCUUGAGAGCAUUUUCCAGCAGGAAAACCGCGAUAGCGAAUCCCUUUUCGCUGCUAUCCUGGACGAAUACAACAAUCAGGAGGCGAACGGGAUGCCCAGAGAGUCCCUGCGCUACUUUGCUGCCUUGCUGAACCCACCUGCCCGCGUCGAGGACCUACCUUCGUUGCUUACUGGUCGACGACGGGAAGGCGACGAUCUCCUCUUUGUUACUAACCCCGACGAAGAUCAUGACGGGACGAGCGAGGAAGAGGAUGGACACCGCGAUCGUACCAGAGCCCACCAGGACGACUCAGACCAAAACAUCAUUCGUGGUGAGGGAUUUGUCAUGAGGAUGAACGACGACGCCGAUGCCCGAUACCGCCGUUAUGCCCGUGCCGAAAGAAACGUGCGGAAAAAGCUCAUUGAACGCUACAAGAGACGACAAUUUUACUUGGAUGAGGAAGAGGGUGCAUUGCCCCCGGACUAUUGGGACCCAGAAGACGACAUCUUGGCCAACCUGAAUGGAGUGGGCGAGAGUUCCAAACCGGUAUCGCCACGCUCGCCAUCAUCCCCCAAGGUCCGGUUUGCCGAGGACGUGGACGAUUAUGAUACCCAGUCCAACCCAUCUACAUCCUCGCGAAGCAUUCCUGAGCGGUGGGGAGGUAUGGAGAUCCCCGGUGCCGAAAAAGACGCCGGCAAAGAGGUCUUUUACCAGGUUGUCCAGCAAGCCUUCAAUGAGCUCCUCGAUAGGCUCUUCAAGUUCAAGGAGGACAUAGCGAUUCGGUGUGCCGAGACCAAGGCUGUCCGCGACAAGUACCGCCCAUUGCUCGAGUCUAUUGAAAAAGGCAUGGUGCAACAUGCCGACGGCAGCAUGAUUCAAAAGGCGGCCGAAGAAAUGCUGUUCUUCCGUCCGUCAGAAGAUAUCAAUGACCGGGACGGCGAGAAGCCCAUCAGCGAGCAGAAUCUACAGGAGCUACUGGCGGCUAGUGGCUAUAGUAUCGAUGAGACCUCUCAAGCUGAAGCUGAGCCUACCGAAGAAUCGCAACACGAAACCGGUAUUCAAGAUCCCACCAACGGCGCUGAAACUGUCGAGGCGGUAGAAGAGGUGCAUCACAACGAACCGAGUGCUUCCACUUCCAGUUACUGCGAUCCGACACUGCCUCAGUUCCGACCCAACUCUAUGUCUGAAACUAUGCCUCCUACCUCGGUCUCUGGAGAGACCCAAGACUACUCUUCACCUAAAGGAAAGGCCAACGAGGCCGAUGCCGCCGCCAUCCCUUCUGCACCCUCUAGCAAAACUACGGCAGAAGGUCACCACGACGCAAGCCAAGAACCGCAAGAUCCUUCAAACAUCCCAAUUAAUACUCUUGUCCAAUGGCGAUUCCUUGACCUAGCCGAAAAGGAGGCCAAAGAGCGUGGCGGCUGGGGUAGACUCAACUAUGAAGAGUUUGAAACUGCCUGGAAGCUGGAAGAGGAACAUGGUAACCGUCUCGACUACCUCGGGACAUGGAUUGACUUUUGCAUUCCAUAUCAUUAGUGGUGUUUAUUCCGACCAGUUGUUGUUGGAAGUUAUUGAGGAGGUGUACCGCGGACUAAGCCAGGAUGAAGGAAACGAACAAUCCUCGCGGUUUCCUCUUUUCUUGAAUAAGCGACUAUUUCGUGGCAUACGGUACUCGCUGGAGUUAGUAAUCGUGAUGCGAAACGAAGUUUGGUCGGGAAUUUGGGUCAAGUUCAUCCACCUGGGCCAACAUUCGCGUUGGAAUGUCCGCCAUGAUUCCUUCACAUGGCUAUGAGGCCGAGUUCGAUACGACAUUCAACAUCCUCUCCCGCACGCAAAAAGCGACCCUCACGGCAACUCUGUGAAGUACGCAGGCUCUUGUCGCUUGAUCACGCUGUACUCAGGAGUAAUUAGCAAAAAGUUACUUCUACCCCAAAGACAACAUACUAGCCGGUGCACAAUAACCGCUGGGUGGUACUACUAGCCCAAAAGCCAGAUUCAGCAUCACUACGUCUGGGUCUUCAUGUCUGUCGACCCUGCCCUAUGUACAUACACUAUCCUCAUAUGAGAGAAAUAGCCGCUGAAGUUGCUAGUAGCUCGAUCUGGGUAGACCCUAGAAACGCAAAAAAGAAUAGCGAAGGAGUGAGCGAGCUGAACAAAGGAAGGAUAAGCGAGAGGAGGAGGGGAAAAUAAGUGACAGAAGCCCCCAGGAACUAAGUAGUGUUCUUGAGAGGGGAGAUUGUAUCUCUAUAGAAAUUGGGAGAUGGUGGAGAAAGUGUUGAAGAAUACAAACAGACUUGUAUAAGAAUCCUCAUUCAAAUGUAGUAGUGGACAACCUAGCGACCGAGUCCGUGGCAAGCGUUACGUUACACGCCUACGCUACAUUAUUUUGGUUUGUCGACAUUGACCUCGAUUCAAUGCUGGAUAUCGUCCAAAUGAGACACGCGAAUC